GUGGAGAAAUGCUGUACAGUAAUAGGCCCUCGACAGUGUGUUCAAACUCCGAAACCCCGUUGUUUUCACUACAGAUCCAAACAAUGCGGAGAAUUCUGCACCGCAUCAAUAGUUCACAAAGAACAACAACAAAUUUGCGAAGUAAACUAUCCAGGUGCUCCUCCAAACUGCAGACAACAGGUUAUCUACAUACCUCAGCCUCAGCCAAAAUGCGUUUAUCAAUCAGUUUGGCCUUAUGUAGCCUGCGGAAUACAAAAAUCUGAAACUUGUGGUGGAUGUUACUCUCACUACGUCGAUCAGUCAUCCACAGCUUACGCGACUUGCCCUUCUCAAUGCUACGAUCAGGGAUAUGGAUUAGGGCCAAUGUACAGGCAGGGCCCAUUCUAUCAAAUGACGUACUCUCACAUGCCUUGUUAUCAAUGCCUGGGGCUCCAGCCUCCCUACGGUUUGGAAAUGACGGGAUUUGGAAGUUACGCAGGAGCACCAGCUUAUGGCGGUGUCCCAGGUUUUGUCGGAGUUCCAGCUUAUGGAGGUAUUUCCAGCCAAAGUGGUUUUCCUGUUUAUUCACAAGGACCUCAAUUACAAUACCCCUUCGACCCAAAAGCCAAUGCAAGUGUGCAACCAUUAUCAAGUGACGGGCAAAUUAUCAACCCCGAAUUCGUUCUUGAGCAGAUACCGAUACCAAUCAAUCAAACCCCUCAGCUCGAUAAUAUAAGAGAUCAGAGAGAGAUUGAAAUCGAAGUGAACUAUGAGCCACCUUCUGAUGCCCAGGCUGAAGUGAAGAUCAAGAAAAAUGAUAUCGAGAAGGAAGUGACGAAAAAUGAAACACUAGAAGUUUCUAACGUUGAAAUCAACAAAACACUUUCAUAACCAUACUCGUUAGAUUGUAUGAAAGUAUUGAUCUUACUUGUAUUCAGUUCUCUUUGUGAAAUAUUGUAUAAUUGAAAAAGAUAAUUUCUGACAAUAAAUAUCAGCUAUGCACCAUGA